GCGGCGGCGGCGGCGGCGGCGGGUGGGGGUGGGGGACGGCGAGCCCAGUCCCGGAGACCGGAAGAAGGCCCGGCUUGUCGGCUCCCUCCUUCCUCACGACUUCUGAGGUUGGGUCGCGACUGGCGCGGUCUGUGACUGCGCGGGCAGCUGCCUGAGAGGCAGGGAGCCCUGUGCCAGUCAAAAUGCCAGUCAUGGUAGAAGACAUUAUGAAACUGCUCUGUACUAUUUCAGAGGAGAGGAAAAUGAAGGCUGCAUUCAAGCAUUCAGGGAAGGGGGCGCUGGUGGCAGGAGCCGUGGCUUUUGUUGGGGGUUUGGUGGGCGGCCCCCCAGGAAUAGCUGUUGGGGGGACAGUUGGUGGCCUACUUGGUGCUUGGAUGACUAGUGGACAAUUUAAACCAAUUCCUCAGAUCAUAAUGGAACUGCCCCCUAUUGAGCAACAGAAGCUUUUUAACGAAGCCUUUGCCAUUAUCAGAGACUUGGACUGGACGGAUGCGGUGCAGCUGACUGCACUGGUAAUGGGGAAUGACGCCCUUCAGCAGAAAUUGGCAUCAGUGAUAGUAAAUUAUGUCUCACAAACGCUUCGAGCAGAAGUACAGUAUGGAGACUAGCCCUCUCCAGUGAAUGGUUUUUACUGUGUAAUGCAGGGAUUUUCAUUUGGUUGAUUUUGAUGACUUUAGUAUAGAAAAAUAGCUAGUAAUUGCUGCUGCUUAUGUUUGAGGUGCCGGAACACUCUCACUCCAGGUUUCUCCAGAAACCCGUGAUCCUUGAGUUGUCCCCAAACUGGAUCAAACUACCUAAUUUAUAUUAAGUUGUUGAAGAAGUAUGGUAGCACGUUCCCACUAUUAUUUAUCAACUGUGGUUCCGGGUCCUACUCAAAAUGAUGCCCAUUGAUAUACUUUUAAAGACUGUGAAGUUGUCAAAAACAAACAAAAUCAACAGUAAAGUUUGAGGCAAACGUUAAUUGCACUUUUAAAAAUUCAUUUCAUCUCUCAUAAGAGUUUAAAAACAUGAUUGCCUUUUGGACUACUUUUCAUUUUUCCUUCUUGCAAUUAUUUUUUUUUUUUUGUAGUACCUGGGUACUAGUUUCCUGUUGGUGCCCUCUCUGCCUUCACGGUUUUUAACAGAAAGCACUUGUGAAAAUGUGUUUCACUUCUUACUUCUCCCCGUUAUUGUAUACCUCCCCAGCUUAAGAAUCUGAAUUUCCGUGAAAUUUCUCAGCAACGGGGAAGAGUAAUCUGCUAAUUUCAGUGCAGUCCCAUAGGACUGAAGAAGAAAUAUAAUAAAGGCUGUUCAGUGUUUGUGUCUAAGUCCCUUGACCUCUCAGUGCCUCGCUUUCCUCAUCUAUAAAAUUAGGGUAAUUAUUAUUAUUAUUUUUUUUAAUUUUAAGUGGUUAUUUUCAGAGCAAACUCUUGUUAGUUCUUCUUUCCCCGGAUCAUGAGCCACCUCUCACAAAUAGUUCUUUUGACUUGCUAAUUGAUGUUGAGCUUCUGCUAUGCUCCACUUAAAACAUUUAGCGAAGGGGUAGUUCUUAUAGCUAAGGAAAAAAUUCAGAUUAAUCUUUUCUGAAUAAACCCUUUUUCUUAUUUAUUUCAUGAUGACCAUUCUGUAAUGCUUUCCAGAACAGUUUACCAGAUGAACUAGAUACCACCAGGACCUGGAAUUAAGAAUUGCACUGUAGUAUAUAAAUCCUUUUAUGUUGAAAACACACACACAACAAAAUGCCCUUGAAUUGGUCUGAACCGAACUUAGACACAAAUUCUUCAGGGAAGUUUAGUUUCCCCAUCCGGCUACUGCUAGGAUAUAUAGGUGCAUAGUUCUCUCAGCACCACCACCCCUAGACCCCCCAAUUUCUAGUAGUUGCUGGAAGGCAACUGAAAUUCUUUCAGAAAUUUCCAUGCCCUUAAGACAAGUAUAAAAAAUUGACUUUCUGCUAAGAGCCGCUGUAGUGAUAAGAAGAUGGUCAGUUUGUGGGUGAGUUUAGCUGCUUUGCUUAGAGCCUUAGUUUUUCAUUUAGUUUGUGAGUUUUUUUUUUUUUUUUAAAUAGAGAAAAGUUCAGAUUGACCCAAAACUAAGGUUAAUUUAAAUUCAUGGCAUAGAAAAAAGUCAAAGCUAGAAAAUACUGAAGAUGAAACUACAAUGGAAUGGAGUCUGUAUUUUUCAGUGAAACUUUUCUUCAAAAUAAGCUUUAUCUUCGACGUGUUAGAAUACCAUACCACAGACUGUAUUUUCACUAUUUUUCCCACAUAUAUGGUACCGACAUGACAUAGCCACGAUGACAUUUAAAUGUGUUUUUUUAUAAUCAUGUUAGAUAUUGCCUCAUUUUUCUUGUUCAUUACCAAACUCCCAAAUACAAUCACUAAAGAUUUGUAUUACCUGAAGUCAGAAUUUGAACUGUAUGUGUGAUGCUGAGUUUUUUUUUUUCCUGAUUUGUAACAAACUCGUAUAAAGUUGCUUUUUUUUCUAUGUGAAGGGAAAAUUUAACCAUCUUGGUUUGAUUUUGAAAAAACAAUAAAGAUCUUUUAGUGUGCAUUUGAA